AUGAUGCAGUACCUGAAAUGCAUGGUUCUCACGUGCCUGACCUCAUAUCCCUUUGUGGCCGUGUUCAUCCACGAGAGGCUGCCCUCAGACUAUGUAGCUUGUGUGGAUGGUGCGGAAUGCGUCUUCAUCAGGUAUUUCGGAACACAUGAUUUGCCUGCAACGACUUUGGCCAACGUGCAGCUCAGCGCUGGAAACCUGACAAAUCCAUCCAUCCGCCUCUUUCAUUGGCUGCCGCUGUACGUGUCUGUCCAGAAUGGUCGUGGACUCCAGGCUGCUGCUCCAGAUGUCUCAUUUUUCAGCUCGGUCCCUCUUCUGUAUGCAUACCUUCCUGCGGUAUUCGGAUCUCUCAUGGCAAAGGAGGAGAUCUUACCGAACAAUCAAAAUGCGACGAAGGCAUACUGUGAAGAUCCAGCCAGCCGUGCUGCCAUUGAAGACCACCUCAAGGCUUCGGCUUCCAGAAAUGUGAGCUUGGCGUGCAUUGCCUGGUGGACGCUGCUGAAAAUUCUGCAUGACUGGGCUUUACUAUCUGAAGCAAGCGAAAAGAUCACUCUGAGGCUGGGAAUCGCAUCCUGGGUUUGUCAGUCUGUAGGUUGUGUCAGUGCCUUUAUCUGGGCUGCUGGGGCUUCACAAGUCUUCAUAUCCACGUCUACGGAGAGGCAGGCUGCCGGCUUGGCGUGUUAUUACCAGCUGCCAACGUUGAAUGCUCUUGUGACUGUGGUCCCAGCGGGCCUCCUUCUGUACACAACGCAGAGUAAGCUUACAAGCUUGAUGCUGGCUGUUUUUCAUGGUGACUAUCUGUAUGCAGUCACGUACGACGUUCCAUUUAGGGUGGUUCGUGCUACAGCCCCUACGCAUCCGACUGGCUCUUUGCUGACAGUGGGAUUGCACGGGGAUGCUGGUCUUCCUGAUGCCCCACCGCCGCAACUCUCUGCCAAAGAGAAGGUUGAACUGCACCGCCUGCUGCGGACAGGACGGUCUUGCUGGGUGUUCGCGCAGCAUACUCUCAUUGCAACACUUACCAGCGGCCCUCUGUUUCGCAAGCUCAUGAGUGUUGCCGUAAAGCAAGAUUGGUCACUGCAUCUUUUGGGAGCAGCGAAGCUUGCAACAUUUUUUGCAGCCCUUGCUCCACUUGGUUUGUGCCUUCGGUUCUCUUACUCUUUUUCGUUUUGGCGUCAUGCGAUAGCUAACGGUGCACUCUGCGAAAUCCUUCGUGAUUUGUCGCCGUUGUCCGACCUGUUUUGGUAUCUGCUGCUGUGGAUGUGCAGCAUCUAUUCGACAAUACGCGUGGUUCCGGAAUUCUGGCAUCAUGGGGGAGACGUUUUCGAGCGAAGUUGGAUGUGGUCGUUUCAAGGAGUUGCGGCUUUUGUAUUCCUCGUCUUGCUCCUGGAUUUCCUUGGUAGGGCCGUGCGCCUGUUGGGCGGGUUCCACGACACAGAAUGGCAGUUGAGUGCAGCGGCUAUCCAGUCGGUCAUCAAUACGCAUCCAGAAUGGCAGCUCCACAGAGUCGCACCGCGCACCGGCUAUGAUGCUGUUCUUUCGGGAGAUGAACUGACAUCAAGCGAUGAAGCAGACGAGCCGAAGUGGAUUGUUUGCCCAGCCUGA